UAAAUAGAUUUGUGUUAAUAUUGUGUGAUAAUAAUGUGUAUGUAUGUUGUAAUUGUUUAAUUGUGUGUAUGUAUAGUUAAAUAAUUUAUGUUUGAUUUUUUUUAUUUUCGAGCCAAGAGGCGAUGCCUGGCGACGGAAUUGGGGGUAGGCCUUUCUAUGCUUGAAUGUAUAUUGCUGGUCGGUGACGAAACCGACUUUCCCGGGAUAUGUGUAAGCACUAGCGAGGAAUUAUUAAUGAAUGAGCCUUUAGCUUCUGCCUGCCUUUAAUUCUCUAUUGAUUACUUUCCAACUACGAACUAAGUCGACUAAUCACUUUUCCACUAUUCUUCCUUUACUCUUAUCAUUCUCCUCCCCUUUUUUCCAUCCUUGCCAAGCAAAAUCAGUUUCACAUUCACGGUUGUUCACUCAAUUGAUCACUCUAUCACUUUGCGCAGUCUGUGGGUUGCGACUUUUUGGACGUGCGCCGUUUUGUCCUUGCGCCUUUUUGGCCCGCGCCUUUUCGGUUGUGUCUUUUUGUGAAUUAGAUA